GUCACCUUCUCCGUCACCUGCUCCAAGUGAAGGAAAGACGAGCGCAGAAGGAAAGGCAACACGGGCUAAAGAAGUCACGCCGCUAGCCAGAGUUGGUUCCCGCUAAAACAAGAGGCCGCCUCAGACCACCCUCUCUUUGGGCUACCUUCGUUUCAGUCCCGCUAGUAGAAGCCCUGCGAGCGCCCGCCUGGCUUAGGACAGAUGCGGAGCCGCGCGACCAAACGUGAAAGGGAGCUCGCAGCUUCCUGAGCCAGCUCGCCUGGAGACCAGAGAACGCCGGACGUUAAAGGACGAUCCGAUAAACGCCCCUUUCUCUACCUCUCGCAUUUCUGGGCAGAGGCUGGAAGAUCCCAGAGGAAAAGCUUUAGCCCGCUCCGUGGACGCGGCCAAAGGUUCCUUCCGACGUGGAAAAAGGCUGAACGUGUGCCGGAACGGGGUUGCUGGGUCGGCCGGCGUGCAGGAGUUCUUCAGCCCGCUGAAAGGAGCUGGCGCCAGAUCGAAGCGAAGAGACCCUCUUCCCCUCCGAGUCCGCUCCUUCCAAGGCAGAGCGCGCCUCGGGGAUAGGGCGAGACCUUUAGACGCUCGCCCGCGCGGCUUGAGAAGCGGGUCCCAGAGUGGCUCUACCGGCCGCGAACCUGGCUUAAAGGGAGGACUGAACUGGGGGAUCGCUGGAAGAGGCUGGGACGGGGGGAAGAUUUUUUAAUUUUUUUUUGUCACCUGGCCGUUCCCCUUGUGGCCGCCUGAUAAUAUGAAAAGCGCUGAUUUCCCGCCGUUCCUUCUGGCUCAUCUCCUUAUCUUUGCCACUCAAGGGGGAACUGUGGAUGCAGGCAGCCCCCUCUUGGGCUCUCGAGCUGGCGGCCAGCAGCCGCCCCGAGAUGCACCGAGUUUCUCCCGGCAACAGAGAAAGAGCUUAGCGAUGGAUUUCAUCGUGCCGUCGCUGUUCCGAACCUACCUGAGGGAGCUGGUGCUGGGUGACGGGGGCAGAGGCGAACCCUUGGGCGGCUUCAAGGCGCACUGCAGCCUGGUGCUGGACUGCCCGCCGCUUUUGCGCGCCGCUAGCUCUUGGCCGCCAAGGAGCGGAGCCGCAGAGCCCGCCGGCCGCGCCAGAACCCAGUCCAAGGUGCUGAAAGCCGGCGCGGUGCGCAAGCUGCGCCGCGCCAAGCAACUGGUGCUGGAAGUGGGAGAAACCAACCUAAGGGACGACUGUGCCUGGCGUUCCGAGGCAGGAGUCGUGGCGACGGCGAGCCGGCUCGAGUUUACUCUCACCGAGGAAUUCAGCUGGUGGAUCCGCUCCGGGGAAGGCAGGCUGAGAGUUCGGUUGAUGCCCGAAAGGAAGGCGUCGUUCUUGGGCAGGGAAGGCAGCUUAUCAGCGGCCAUCAGGGCAUCCCGGCCCCGCCUAUUUUUCCAGAUGGCCACCAGAGGUGAGAGAAUAGUUGGUGACUUCUGCGCCUAGAUAAAGUCAGCUUCCUUGAGGUUUGAAUAGGUGUUAUCUAGUCUGUCUCUGAGAAAAGUUUGGGAAA